AUGGGCAACGGUCUCUUGCCCGAAGAGCAUGGCAAUAAUGGCAUCGGUCCGCAGCGCACCAAAAGGCCAGGUAAUAGGUUUGAACCGUACGAGGCCGGCCAUGUACCCGGACAAAGACCUCUAGGGGUCUCAAAUCUAGGGCUCGAGACACCACAGUUGCCAAGGCAAAGCGAACCGAAUAGCAAAACCCCGUCACAGCCUUACGAUAUCGACGAGGGAUACGACUCUGAUCAGGUUGAGGCCUACGACGUCGCAUGGAAUCAAAAGGCUGCGGCGACCGCCGAGGCCAGUGAUUAUGCAAAAUGGGAACCCGCUGCUGCUGAGUUCAUCAAGUCAUAUUCCGGCCUUGGUAAUGGUUGGGUAGGGAAGAGACCACUGGGUGCGGGGGGGUUCGGUAUGGCAGGUCUAUGGGAGAAGCGUGACGGCAACGGAACCGUAAUUGAACAAAUGGUAAUUAAACAAAUGGGCGUCCGCAAAGGAAUAUGGAGACCGGAAAUGCCCAUGGAAGUCAAGAUGAUGAGAAUGAUGGAAGAGACCGCAUUUCACCGCAUCUAUAUGGAGUACUGCCCUUAUGGCGACCUCAGAAGACUAUACAAAAGAUAUAGGAGAUUUAGGCUGUACAUGCCCGAACCGUUUCUUUGGGACGUCUUUUACCAUCUUGUGGAGGCCGCUGUAGCGAUGCGGUCUGGGCCAACAGACGGAAGCUGGGGUGGUCACGAGAUUGUGCACCGGGACAUAAAGCCUGGAAAUAUCUUCUUGGACACGGAGGGGAGGAAAAGUGGGAUUCCUUUCUAUCCAAAAACUAAACUGGGCGACUGGGGCCUCGCUCGCAAGACCUAUGCCAAUGAUCCUGAUAAUCCAAGCAACCUUCGCAUGGCUGGAACUCCGGGGUACAAGCCGCCAGAACAAAAAGAUCCACCUUUACCUAUUUUCGAAACACACCCAGUAUCUAUCCUUGCACACACUAACGUCUGGGCAAUUGGAGCCACGAUGUUUGAACUGAUGACCUUGCACAGAGUCCACGGAUUCUUGCUAAAACCACGAGGCAACAUCGUCGAUGAAGCAGGCAUCAAACCUAUCCAGACCGAUCGGAACCCUCCGUACAGCUCGCAACUCUCCAAGCUUAUCCAGGAUUGCCUUAGACCCAUCCCACUGGACCGACCAACUGUCAUGGAACUACGUACCAAGAUAAACCCCCACCGUGAUGCCAUUGUCAAGCUGGCGCGGGAGCGCGAGGGAGCCGAGACAGCAAGGCCAUCGGAAAAUGAGAGGCUGUACUAUAUAGGUAAUGAGAUCAAGUGGGCAAAGACAGGGGACUGGCAACCACAUGAACGCGAUAAGGAUUCGGAUAAAUCUGAAAGCGGUUUCGCAGACCCUGACCUUUCCCCCAUACAGUAUCCAGUUUUCGACGAUCCGGGGGAAUGA